CCCGUCGCCGCAAAGGGAUUCAGGAGGCUGUCUGAAAGAGAAGGUCACACGCGUCGCUGUGAACGCUGCCGCUGCUCAUAGACAUUAUAUUUACCUGUUUAUAUAUAUUUAUUAAUAUAUAUUUAUACAUAUAUAAUGUUUAUGGGAGCUGCUCUUCUACACGAGAAGUAAACAGAACCAGCAGAAGUUAGCAUAGCUGCUUUAUAGAGUUAGCAGUGGCCGUUAAAGUGCGCUUGCUCUAGCGAUGCUGCGGCAUUUUAACUGAGGGUCUGUCCGUUGUUUGUACCUUAGUGCCCAGCAGCGUUGCUCGCCGGUAGGUUUCACUAUGUUUAAAGGUUUUAUUAGACUGCAGAGCCACUGCAGAGGAGCCAUUUCUGUUUGUAAAGUGUGUCCAAGACAUCAACACUCCAGGGGUUUGCGGAAAUACUCCUCCGCUUUAACAGAGAGGAAGAGAUUCUAUCAAGAUGUCAGUAUAUCCCAAGGAGAAGGUGGUCUGUAUGAGGUCAACCUGGACAGGAGGAAGCUGAAAACUCCCAGCGGGACGCUGUUCACCGUGCCGAACGAAGCCCUGGCCAUCGCUGUGGCUACAGAGUGGGACGCCCAGAAGGACACCAUCAAGUUCUACACCAUGCAUCUGACUACGUUGUGCAACACGGCUCUGGACAAUCCCACUCAGCGCAACAAAGACCAGAUGAUCAGCGCUGCUCUGAAGUUUCUGGAAACGGACACAGUUUGCUACAGAGUAGAUGAACCUCCAGGUUUGGUUGAGCUGCAGAAGAACGAGUGGGACCCUGUGCUGCACUGGAUCGAAAACAGAUACAACGUGACUAUCGGAUCCUCGUCAAGUAUUUUGGGUCCUGAGAUACCCGAGGAAACCAAAGACACCUUCAGGCAGCACCUGAGCUCCUACACUCUGUGGUCGCUGACAGGGCUGGAGUUUGUGAUCGCACAGCUGAAGUCUCUGGUGCUUUCUCUGGGGAUGAUCGACAGGCAUCUGAGCGUGGAGCAAGCCGUGCUGCUGUCCAGACUGGAGGAGGAAUUCCAGAUUCAGCACUGGGGGAACGUAGAGUGGGCUCAUGACUACGACAUGUACGAGCUGCGGGCGCGCACGGCUGCAGGAGCUCUCUUUGUUCACCUCUCCUCUGAGAGCUCAACCAUUAAACAGAAACUAAUGCAGGACUGAGGACGGCCCGGAUCAGCUGCCACCAGUGAGAGACGCAGCAGGAGAUCUGAAUCAUCUGAACCAUCAGAGUCACAUGGCUGAGGAACGGGACAUAUCACCAGAUUGGUUCCAGUGAACUUCUGUCAAAUUAUCUCAGUCCACUAAAUCACAUCUGAGGACUUUUUAUUUUAAGGUUUUCACACGUAGCAGCUGUCAGAAUGGGACUCUGUAGUUUCUGCUGGGACAUCCCUCAACCCUUUCAAAAUAAAGCGUCACCUCAGUAUGUA